UUCGCAAACAAAUGACAAUGACGUCGACUUGAAGUUUUGCUUCGAUUUCGUAGUAGUUUGUAUUGGAAUUUUUGUAUUAAGAUGUUGAAGGAAUAAUAUUGGGUUAUUAAUAUUAAAUGUAAUGUUCGUGACCUAUAAUCAACAGAUGUAUCAUUAUGUGUAGAGAAAUGUAAAUAUAGUAAUACACAAGUAUAACAUUUUCAGACAUGAUAAGGCAAUCAUUAAAAUUUAGGAAGACUAUAACCAUCGUAUGUGUUUUGUCUUUGCUGGUAUUUAUUUUCCUUAUUCUUAAAAAAGAUAAAUACAUUGAUAAUAGUGAACUAAAAAGCCAUCACCAAAGAAUAGAUGAUGAUUUCCAGGACAUAGGGUACAGAGAAUUUGAUGAAAUACCAAAGAAGGAAUCUUAUGUUCUUGGUGAGAAGAAAAUAAAAAUGGAAAUGAGUAAUGUUGCUGAUGAAGGCACAAAGAGAGAAUUACAAGAAGCUAAAGCUAAAAUUGAACAGUUAGAAAAGAAAAUAGCAAUUUUGGAAGGAAGAAUACCACAAAAAUAUCCAGAUGUACAAUAUUUGGGAUAUAAAGAAAGAAAACGAAUUUUGGUUACAGGAGGAGCUGGCUUUGUUGGUUCGCAUCUUGUUGAUGUACUGAUGAUACAAGGACAUGAAGUUAUUGUUGUGGAUAAUUUUUUCACUGGACGUAAACGCAAUGUGGAACAUUGGUUUGGACAUCGUAAUUUUGAAAUGAUACAUCAUGAUAUUGUAAAUCCAUUAUAUGUUGAGGCGGAUGAAAUUUAUCAUUUAGCAAGUCCUGCAAGCCCACCUCACUACAUGCAGAACCCUGUGAAAACUAUUAAGACGAAUACUUUGGGUACCAUUAAUAUGUUAGGUCUGGCGAGACGCGUUGGAGCUAAGAUUUUAAUUGCCAGUACAUCAGAGGUGUACGGAGAUCCCAUGGUGCAUCCCCAACCAGAAUCCUACUGGGGGCACGUUAAUCCGAUUGGACCUCGUGCAUGUUACGACGAAGGCAAGAGAGUUGCUGAGACAUUGGCCUACUCGUAUGCCAAACAAGAAAAUGUGUCGGUGAGGGUAGCAAGAAUCUUCAACACAUAUGGGCCACGGAUGCAUGUGUCAGAUGGACGGGUUGUGUCCAACUUCAUCAUGCAGGCAUUGCAGAAUCUUACCAUUACGGUGUAUGGCAAUGGCAAGCAAACACGUUCAUUCUGUUACGUGUCAGAUCUAGUGGAUGGUCUGUUGGCACUUAUGGCGUCGAGUUAUUCCCUACCUGUGAAUAUUGGCAACCCUGUUGAACACACAAUAGAAGAGUUUGCAGUAAUAAUAAAGAAUCUAGUCCCGGGUUGCCGCAGUACGGUGGCGACAGGCGCGGCUGUAGAGGACGACCCGCAACGUCGCCGCCCCGACAUCACGCUUGCUGAAAAACACUUACACUGGUCACCUAAGGUAUCCUUGCAGGACGGCCUUCAGAGAACGAUAGACUAUUUCAAAGAGGAAUUAUCCCGUACAACAUUUCACAACAAUCAAACAUACAUAGAUUUUAAAGUUAAAACUUCUCACUAAGGUGUGUUUUGUUGGAAUCCUCUAGUAAUGUGAUAUUAGAAGUAUAUACGAUUGAAAAUACAUUCAGUAAGAUAAAACUGUAGAUUCAUUGAGUAUUGAAAACUAUAAGAUCAUUAAUCCCAUUUAUUAUUUUUUACUUUCUUAAAUUUGCUACUAUUUC